GCAUGCGCAGUAGAGUUCAGUGACAGAAGCAGCUGUUGUUGUUAUUUGUGCUGGUCAGAAGCUCCGGUGAGUCUCCGGGUUUCUGGGUUUCCGGGUUUACUCUCCGCUACUACCGGGAUUUUAAACUGACAGACAGACGGACAUUUAACACUACUGAUGGGUUCCGCGGGUUCGAGCCCCGAGGCUCCUGGAGAGAGGGAGCCGCUCCUGGUCCCCUCUCUGUCUCCUCCGGAUCCGUCCAGCAGCCCUCCGGCCCGCAGCCGGGUGUACCGCAGCAGGUGGCUGGUUCUGACCCUGUUCUCCCUGCUGGGCUUCAUGCAGGGGAUGGUCUGGAACUUCUGGGGUCCGAUCCAGAACUCUGCUGGUCUGGCCUUCAACUUCACAAAGUCCGACAUCGCGGUUCUGGUUCUCUGGGGUCCGGUCGGGUUCGUCCCAUGGCUGCUGUUCAUGUGGCUGAUGGACAAGAAGGGUCUACGGGCGUCCCUCCUCCUGUCGGCGUUCUUCAUGCUGCUCGGAGCGGCGUUGAGGAGCAUCCCGCUGACACAACAGCCUCUCAGACGAUGGUUGAUCCACGGAGGUCAGUUUCUGAACGGUUUAGCCGGGCCGACCAUGAUGAGCGCCGGCCCCUACCUCUCCACCACGUGGUUCGCCCCCGACCAGAGAGCCACCGCCACCGCCGUGGCCACGCUCUUCUCCUACCUGGGCAGCGCCGCGUCGUUUGUCGUGGGACCCCUGGUGGUGCCGGCCCCGGGCCCCAACCACACCCAGCCGGCGGCAACGGUGGACGCGGCGGCUUCCGCAAGCUCCAUCCGAGACAGGAUCCAGCUGGUUAUGUAUGCAGAGUUGGCUGCGAUCGCCGUGCUUUUCGGCGCCAUCCUGCUCUAUUUCCCGUCACGCCCUCCGAUGCCUCCCAGCGUGGCCGCCGCCAGCCAGAGACUCAGCUACAGGAGCAGCAUCUGCCGACUUCUGAGUAACCUGCGGUUCCUGAUGAUCGCGCUGGCCUACGCCGUCCCCACAGGAGUGAUCGCUGGCUGGGCGGGAGUCCUCGACAUGGUCCUCACACCAGCUAAAGUCAGCCAGGUGGACGCAGGUUGGAUCGGUUUCUGGUCGACUGUUGGUGGAUGUGUGUUUGGAGUCGCGAUGGCCAGGUUUGCAGACUCCAUUCGGGGGAUGUUGAAGCUGAUCCUGGUGCUGAUGCUGGCGGGAGCCUCGCUGUCCUCUACCUGGUUCACGCUUACCUGUCUGAGCACAUUCACUCACCUCCCCUCCACUGCAGCCAUCCUGUACACCUCCUGCAUCCUGCUGGGCAUCUUCAUCAACAGCAGCGUGCCCAUAUUCUUUGAGCUGCUCAUCGAGACCGUGUACCCGGUCCCUGAAGGCAUCACCUGCGGAGUGGUCACUUUCCUGGGGAACCUGGUCACCGGUCUGCUCCUCUUCUUCCUCACCUUCUACUGCACAGAUCUGUCGUGGUUGAACUGGUGCGUCACCGGCUCCUGUCUCUUCAGCCUCGUCCUCAUCCUCUUCUUCAGGGAGUCCUACGACCGCCUCUACCUGGACGUCUUUGUCUCCGUGUGACGACGACGACUCGAUGAUAUAAUUAUUCUUGCACAAAGACGAGAGGAGACGAAGGGAACGUCGAGACUCUUUUUAACGAUUUUAGGAUGUAUAUAUAUAUUGGUAACCAUGAUGAUGGAUCGCUGUCGUACAGCCGCAGACGAGAAGCGAUUCUACGCCGGCGUUUACUCUUUCUACGUGGUCGACUCGAUGCCAUGAUGACUGUUUAACACCCGUUUUUAUUUGUCUCUUUAUGUUUGUGUGUUAACAAACGUUUGUUUGACGGUUUAAUUUUCUUAACCAGGCGUGUUUACAGAUGAUGUACGUUGAUCUCCGUGUCGCUCUGCGCUCCUUCCUCGAACCGGACACUCAGAGCUUCUGACUCCUCUGAGUGUCGACCCCAUAAUGAGGAAGUUAUGAGCUCCAUCAGCCAAUCAGCAGGCCUGGCUGUGCUGAAUCGGGGCUAAUCGGGGCCCGACACUGUGAAGUGACCCGUGGUACCGUCACUGAGAGGCAGGUACUUUAGGUUAGGUUUUUAUCGCCCUCUCAAGACGAAUAUUAUGCAAAAAUGAUGAUUUACCAAAUUGAUGACUGACUGGACGCCGGCCAGAGCUGGAAUUGGAGAAACCUGCGGGAGCUGUUACACCUUCCCAUUUCAGAAGUUGUUCAGCCUGUUUACGGAGAAUCUAACUCAAUAAUGUUCAUUUUUUUUACAGUUUUUUAAAGAUGUGUUUUCUCCAGUAGCCUGCCAGUAUUUAUUGGAAAGGUCUCAACACUAACAGUUUCAUACAGACAUGAGGAUUUACGUUGCCAAGCUGCAGCUCCUCCAAAGCACCAGCAGGUGUCUCUGCGCCAACUGACAGAAAAACCUGAAGGGGGAAACAAAAGAGAGUUUCUUGGAUUGGUCGACUGAUUAAACUGGAGCUGUGACAGAAAGCAGCUCCAGAUCUGGAGGGAAACAAAAGAAACACAUCAAAUGAAAAGCAGACUAAAGUUUUCCUCUAACGUCUCUUUGUGUCUUUGUGUUGCUCAGCAGCAGCUAGAAGAAGUGUGUUAACGUGUGUUCCUCCUCCGGGGCUCCGCCAGGCUCUGGAACCUGUUUUUUUUAUUUUGUAUUACUCUCCUUGUACAGAAAAAGGUUCUUUUACCUUCUGACGUGUUGCCUUAAUUGCCCAGUGCUGUGCGUUUCUACCACACUGUGACUAUUUUAUCUGUAUAUGUAUAUAUAUAUAUGUUGUUAAAGGUCAUGUUCUCCUGUCCUGCAGCACACUCUCUGUGGUUUCCCGGCGUCGGGUUUUAAAUGUUCUUGUUCUGUGAAAUGGAAAAAGAACAACUGUGACUGUUGAAUAUUUCCAGCACCUUAUUAAAAUAAACAUUUUAAGAUUAA